AUGCAUAAAUUAUUUUACUAUCAAUUUUGGUCAAUAUGUACUUUUUUGUCAGCUGUGACGCAUAUCGCAGAUUCAUCGCCAGCUUUUUGUUUUCUCAGCCGACAGCCUACAACUCAUGUCAUACAAUCUGCAUCUGAACUUGCUGACACGAUUCCAUCGAUCGAUGUUUAUGUCCUGGUUGAUCACAACAAUGUUUCACUUCCAUCGUCGUCAUCAUCAUCUAUUCGAUACAUUCAACUCAACGAAACUUUUCUCAUUAAAGAAGGCUUUCAAAAAGCUGGUAUGUUCGGCUCGAAUAAAAUUUGUUCAGCAUGGGAUAAAGCUCUUUAUUAUUUCACACGGAUUGCAACCAACUAUUCUUUUGUUUGGUUUGCCGAAGAGGACGUCUUCAUACCAACUACCCAAGCAUUUCUUUCUCUCCAUGAACUUUACUCACCACAUAACGACUUUGUUGCUCCUGAACUUGCUUAUAAUAUACAAGGUGACACUUAUAGCUGGUACCAUUGGUAUUUAGCACCAGGGACAUUUACAAUACCAUGGGCACAUGGAAUCGUGUGUAUUGUAGGUUCGAGUCGUCGGAUGCUUUCUGCUGUUGAUGAGUAUGCACGAUGGCGAGGCGAACUGACAUUUGUUGAAUUUCUUUUUCAUACUAUGGGUAUCCAACAUAAAGAGAUGACAAUUGUCACACCGCUGGAAUUGAAUACGAUCGCCUAUCGACAACGAAUUGCAUUUGAACAGGUGAAAAAUAGACCAAACAAUCUUUGGCAUCCAGUGAAAAGCUUUUUUAAUCAGAAAAAAUGGAGACAAAACAUCAUCAACAUUACACUAAUUGACAAAAAUCAAACUCUCAGCAAGUUUCAUAUUCUGAAGGAUAAAGUCAUCGACGAUAUCGGUAUCAACUCAACUAGUGAUCUCAAUCAUCUUCUCUCUCUGUUUGAACUUGUCAAACAUCAGUUCACACCUACCGAAAGACAACAACUUCGACACUUAUUCGUUCGCUUAGCCAACGAUCAGUCCGAAGAAAUAUCUUCCCUACUCCAUCGACUCGCUGAUCAUGCUUUCAAGUUAUCAGAAGCACACAUCAACACAACGAUGGAAGAAGAUAGAACUGAGAAGUAUGUUGCAUUGGAGAAUAAACUAGUAGAGAAUAAGAAGACGAUUCUUUGGUUGGUGAAGAAUGGAAAUGGAAGUGUGGAUGAGAAGAAUGAAAUAGGUAGACUUCGACGAGAAGCAAAGCAGCUGACACUGAAUCUGACACGAGAAAUUCAAUGUGAACGACGAUAUACACGAUGUAAGUAA